UUCAAGCAGAGAAGAGGAGACAGUGUAAUUAUGAAAUGUAAACUCUGCUUACCAAAGAUGGUGGAGGUGGCUGCCUACAAAAACUCCGUCAGACUUGAGGAAACAUGUAAAUUAAUGAGGAAACAUCCAUUAAAGACGACAAACUACAAUAUCCUCACCUCUGCAACCACAAACAAACAAACCACGGAACUAUCAAACACCUCUUCAACUUGCAAGCGAGCAAAGAUGUCUGAAAUGAUGGCAAUGGGAGGAGCUAGGUGCGUCUCACAGGUAAACGUUGACAAGCUUGUCAUUAAUUUGAUCUGUGAGGGCCAACAGCCAUUCUCUGUGGUCAUACAACCAGCUUUUGAAGAGUUGGUAACCACCCUGCAUCCUCAAUGCAAAGUCAUCUCCAGACCUACUUUUAGUUCAAGAAUACAUGAAGCUGCCAAUCACAUGAAGAAGACAGUUAUGGCACACCUUGGCAGGGUAAAUUAUGUUGCCACCACCACUGAUUGUUGGACAGCUCAUCACAGGAGUUGCAUAGGGGUCACAUGUCACUGGAUAGAUGAAGAAACUCUGGUGAGACGUUCUGCUGCACUCGCUUGCAAGAGAUUGAGAGGUUCCCACAAAUUUGAUGUGCUUGUAGGUGCCCUCGAUGACAUCCAUUGUGCAUACAGGAUCAGGGGGAAAGUGAUAAGAACCACAACAGACAGUGGAUCAAACUUCAUCAAAGCAUUCAAUGUUUUUGGAGAGCCAGCAGUCCAGUCAGUAGACCGAGACUUAGAUGCUGAAGAGCCAGCAGAGCAGGUUGAAUACCAAGACACCUAUUCCAUCUUGGAAGAUGAUAGUGACCUAGAAUAUCAACUCCCUCAGCAUCAACGGUGUGCAUGGGUUGGCGCCACCCCCUUGGGUUGUGCCGUGGCGGAGAUCUUUGUGGGCUAUACUCGGCCUUCAGGAUGGGAAGUUGGUGGUUGA